AUGUCAUUUCAUCCUCCCAUCAGACCUGCUCCUCCGAAAGGUACCGCACCGGCUCCAGCUAAGACAUGGUAUGAAGAACUGCUAGAGAAAGAUGAAUUACUACUUUACAUAACAGCUUUUCUGGGAGUAAUCCUUCCAGGUUUGGUAUAUUUCAUUUAUCAGCGAGUUCACAAAGUUUAUCUGAAGUAUGCUCAGAAAAAAAUGGAUGAGAAACGAAAAGAAAGGACAGCGAAAAACAAAAUAGCUAUCAUUUCCUUACUGUCUGAAGAUAGUGAGCUUAACGAAUUGAAAAAACAAUUAGAAGAAUGUUUCCAAAAUCAUACGGGUGUUGAAUACGAAAUGUGGUCUGUUUCUUCGCUGAAAGCUAGUGACUUCUCCAAAUUCAAAGGUCUCGGUAUUUUCUUGGUUCAAACUGUGGAUGGACAAGCAGGAGAUGAAUCUCAGUGGUUUAUAGAAUGGCUUGAAGACGUGGCUGCGGAUAAGAAACUCAAGAAGAAUUCAAACUUUGAAUCAAUCCGAUUUUGCGUAGCAGCAUUCGGUAGCUCACUCGAAAAGGAGAAGCUAUUCAACAAAGCGGGCAAGACUCUACAAAAGCGGAUGAAAAUCCUAGGAUCUACACAGAUGAUGCCUUUAGAGCUAUUCGAUACAGCGAGUGGAGAUUACACUACAGAGCUUCAUGAGCAUUUCGAAACAUGGUUAUUGGAUCUUUUCUCUGCCUUAGAGCAUAGCAUGGAAGUUGGCAGCGAUGUGGAAUAUGAUUCUCAAUAUGAACAUAGUGAAGAAGAAGAAGAAGAAGUAGAUGUAGAUGACGAGGAAUUGACAUCAGAAGAAGAAACUGAGAAAACCGGUAACACGAAAAAGGUUCGAUGA